AUGUUCUUCUCGGCAACAAUCGCGGUUCGUACCCCACCGCUGCAAUGGGUCGCUAACACGACAUCGAUCAAUACUUCGAAUGGUGGCUCCAACUACGACUCCACCUCGGACAACCAUAACAUCAUCAUUGGCAGCAUCGCCCUCCUCCUAGCUGCUGGGACGAUUAUUCUUGCUAUCGUCCUGUAUCGACUCGAACGAUUUCGUGGCCAACGAUCCUUCGACUCCCGACUCGAAGCUCAAGUCAACUCACAGCCAGACGAUACUGUCGGCAGCGUUCGUCUCAGUGGACUUGAAGGCGGACAUAUCGAGCAACGUCCAAUCGACACCUGGAGUCGUAGGACUACAUUUUAG